AUGGUAAAGAGCACAUCGACAUCUCUGGACACGUCGGAGGGGACAACUCCAGGCUCCUCUACUACUGGUAAUGGUGAAAAGUGCACGUUCUGUACGAAGAUAACGUUAGAGGUAGCUCGAGCUCUCCGUCAGGGAGAGAUCAAUUUAAACCCAGUUGGAAUUACCGACCACGAAGAUGAGUUGGAAGAGGAAGGUGACGAGGACUCGGCAUCGCUUCACCUUUUUCGCUUAAAAGCCUUCUCAUUCACCGUCUGUUUCAAGAUCGAUCUCAAUGACAUUGUCCACGACGAUCUGAUCGCGGAUUUACUGAUUCGUGUUCUAAAUUCGCCGCUCAUUGACGACCCCCUUUGGAUCAGCAAUGAAAGCAAUAAGAAUACGGAAGCACCAGCUUUCAUGAAGUUCGAUAUAAGCUACGAUGAAAUUACACAGUUGUGUGAGAAAGCUUCAGCUUCCUUCCUUGCUCAGCCAGCACUUGUGAAAAUUGAGAAAGCUGAGCUUCCGGUCCAUAUUGUGGCAGAUCUUCAUGGAAAUCUUCCUCAAGUCCUACGUGUGUUCAAAUUUUGUGGUAUUCCUCAGAAGGAAACCUUUCUUUUUCUUGGCGACUAUGUCGAUAGAGGUGUACAGGGUAUCGAAGUAAUUACGCUACUGUUCUGUCUCAAAAUUCGCUAUCCAUUUCAGGUUUACUUGCUUCGUGGAAAUCAUGAAGAUGCAAAUACUACUCUUAACUAUGGCUUCUUUGAUGAAUGUAUCACUAGAUGGCCAUCUACAGAAGCAAAUGCGCCUGGUGUCAAGGCUUUCAACUGUAUGCCUGUGGCAGCCAUUAUUGCUGACACAAUAUACUGCGCACAUGGUGGAAUAUCUCCAUUCAUCGACAAAUUGAGCGAUAUCAAUAAGAUAAAGAGGCCAUCAGUUGUGCCGGCAUACGGUAUCGGGUGCGAUCUAGUAUGGUCAGAUCCGGCCCUCCACAGAGACGGAUGGGUGCUAAGCCAUCGAGGUAUUUCCUUCCUGUUUGGUCCGAAAGCAGUGGAAGAUUUCUGUGCCAAGCAUCACCUCGAUAUUAUACUACGUGGACAUCAAAUUAGUAACGAGGCUGAAAUCGACGUCAUGCGCGACCUGGGAUGGAGUGUUCGCCGGAUGAGCCAGCGGAUCGACCGCUCUCGAGACUGCAUUGCACGGUAUUUGCGGAAUCCACUCGCGUAUAAUACGAAAACUUUAACCGGAAGACCGAAGAAGCUGAGCGAACGUGAUCGCCGUUCAAUUCUUCGAUUGGCGUCGAACAGCACGAAGACGGCUAGCGAAAUCAGGGAGAGAAUUGGGGCUCCAAGUGAGCAAAGACACGGUCAUACAUGUACAAAAAUGGGUAUCGAAUUUCAUUCGACGGACGUCUUGUCACCUUAUUUAGUGCGCCGAAUUAUAUGA